AUGGAGUCCAUUCCCGAGACUAUGUGGGCAGCUCAAAUCAGCCAAUUCGAUCAACCGUACACGAUCACCCGCGUCCCAGUCCCUCGCAUUCGACCCAACGAGCUACUGGUCAAGAUCGAAGCUGCAGGAUACUGCCAUUCCGACGCCCAAGUGUUGCACGGCGAGAUGCAGAGCGCACUUCCCAUGACCCCCUCGCACGAGCCCGUCGGCGUGGUCGUGGCGACGGGCGACGCGGCGGGUCGCUGGACGGUCGGCGAUCGCGUGGGUAUCUUGAACUUCAAAAACGCCUGCGACCAAUGUGCCGGCUGUCGCGCCGCCCGGCAACGAUGGCACCGACUGGAUGCGCGGUUUUGCGAGCGUCGCGAGACGGCGGGAUUCCAGCACGACGGCGCCUUUGCGGAAUACAUGGCGGCCGACGCGGCCACCACCGUCGCCCUGCCGGACUCAGUCUCCUUUGAGCAGGGCGCACCGUUGUUGUGUGCCGGAGCGACCGUCUGGGGCGCACUGAUCAAGGUGCGACCGUUUCUUCAACCGGGGGACACCGUAGGCAUCCUGGGAAUCGGAGGACUGGGCCAAUUGGGCGUGCAGUUUGCCAAAGCGCUGGGGUAUCGCACGGUGGCCAUCGACAAUAGCGACGAGAGCCUGCAGCUGACAAGCCAUGCGUCCGUAUCCCUGCAACCAGAUCUUCUUGUAAAUUCCUCACAGGACAAUGCACGCGACCAAAUCCUCGCCCACACGGAAAAUGAAGGACUGGCGGCGGUGAUCAACUGCGUGGACUCGCUGGCCGUCAACUCCUGGAGCCUGGAGCUGCUACGGGUCGGUGGCGUGGCGGUCCUGCUGGGACUGCCGGCGCAGCGGUGGCAGUUCGACUCUUUCACCAUCGUAUUCCGCGAGCUGGUGAUUCGAGGCAGCUAUGUGGCCGGUUGCGAGGAGGUGGAGGAGAUGAUGCGGACGGUGCAUCGUCAUGGCAUUCGGUCGCAGCUGACGGUCGUCGGUCGGGCGGAGAUUCUUGGGGUACCGGAGCGAUAUCGAUUGAGGGCAUUUCGAGGGCGAUUGGUGGUGAAGAUGGAGGGAGAAUGGCAAGAAAGCGCAAAAGAAUAG